AUGGAUUCAAAAUUAUCUUCAGAAAUUUUGAAAAAUUUUGAAAGUCUCUUUGAAUCGAAAGAAAAUUAUGAUGUUAUCAUACAAGUUGGUGAAGAACCAAAUAUAAAAGAAAUUUAUGCUCAUUCUCUUGUACUUCGUUGUCAAUCAAAUUAUUUUCGUACAGCAUUUUCUUCAAAUUGGGCGGAAAAAAUUGACGGAAAAUAUAUUUUUAAGAAACCUAAUAUUUCAUCACAUACUUUUGAAGUAAUUCUCAGGUAUUUAUAUUGUGGACAAGUAGAUUUGAGUGUUGAAAAAAAUGGACUAGACGUUUUAAAAUUAUUGAUUUCUACAGAUGAAUUUGGAUUGCAUACACUUAAUGAACAUCUCCAAGAAUUUAUUGUCAAUAAUCAAAAGGAAUUAUUACAAAAUGACACUGUCGGAAUUCUUGAAAUUAUUUUUCAACAUGAAUCAUUAACAACGUUACGUAAUUACUGUAUCGAAACAAUUUGUCAAGAGCCAAAUAUUUUAUUUGGAACUGAUAAAAUUUUGAAAUUACCAGCAGAACUAUUGGAAUUAUUACUUAAACGAGAUGACCUUGCAUUAAAAGAAAUUGAGAUAUGGAAUAACUUGAUAAAAUGGACCCAAUCAAAACACCUUACAAUCGACACUGAUACUUCUAAAUGGAACAGAGAAGAUUCUACAUUAAUGGGAGAGACAAUAUCAAGAUUUAUUCCUCUAAUCAGAUUUCAAGAUAUCACUUCAGAAGAUUUUUCUCUUAAUGUAUUACCUUAUGAAGAUUUAUUACCAAAGAAAUUAAAACAUGAAAUUUUAAAUUCAUAUUUAAACCCGAGUACGAAACGAAUAGAUUUGUUACCGUCAAGAAUGGCCUUUAAUAUUGGUAAAAUUGAUUCUCUUAUUAUAAAUAAAAAAUACAUGCCAUUAUUUGCAAGCUGGAUAGAUAGAAAAAAUGUAGCUUAUGAUUUAGAAAGAGUACCAUAUAAUUUUAAUCUAAUUUUACGUGGCAGUAGGGAUGGGUUUAGUGCUUCAUCAUUUCAUAAUAAAUGUGAUGACAAAGGAGCAACUAUUGUGAUAGCAAAAAUUAAAGGAACUAAUAAAAUAGUUGGAGGGUAUAAUCCAUAUAGUUGGUCAGGAAAUACUAAUGGAAAUACAAAUGACAGUUUUUUAUUUUUAUUUGAUGAUUACAGAAGCGUCGAUACUGGUAAUUUAUAUAGAGUAAAUGAUAAACGCUAUGCUGUAAGCUGGAAGAACUAUUAUGGAGUAUGUUUUGGGUACAAUGGAAGAUGGGCAGAUCUUUUAAUGUAUUCAGAUGGCAAAUGGAGUUCUUUUUGUACUUAUUAUCCUAAAAUUGACAUUUCCCACCAUUUUGAAGUUGAUGACUAUGAAGUAUUUAAUGUGAUAAAAAAAUAA